AUGCAUCACCUUCACCCUCGGUCACGAUCGACGAGCACCCUCUUUACUGCAACACUGGCCAUCUCGUUUCUUGUCGUGGGAGCACCACAUUUACUGCCAUGCCCGGCCGACAGACGGCAAUUCGCGCACAGCUUUGAGACUGCGGAUGGGAAGAGGUAUCGAAGGAAGCGGAAGGAGGUCGCGAACGGCAACGAAGAUACACAAGAGAUCGAAGUGUCCGACGAUGGUUCGAUGGUCAAUGGCAAGCCAAAGAGGGAAUGUCCAGUUCCUAGACCGGGAGGCAUUGUUGGACAGAUCAUGGGCUUCAAGAACGAAGAACGACCGAAGCCCUCAGAGGUCAUCGUCCAGCCGUUGAAUGCGAAGCGAUCUCGACUACACAAUGAAGGCGGAGAAACACCUUGA